AUGGUCAAGUGGGCUGGGCAAUCCGAAGUCAAACUCGUUGCCAAUCUGUCAGUUGGAAAGACUACGCGAAGCUAUCAGGUAGAGGCCGCGACAAUUACAAUCACAAGAUAUUCCGGAGCGAAUGGAAAGAACUGCAAAAUUGCCAUCUCCAUUCUUCACCUCCAUAACACACAAAGAUUGCUAUAUCUGGAUAGACACCCUUUGCAUUCCCAUUGUGCCUUCGAAGAAGAAGACAAACGUCACGAUGCCAUCCAGAAUAUGGCUUACGUCUACGGUGCAGCGAAAAGUAUUCUGGUCAUUGACGAAAGUCUCGCAGAUAUUCGAUUCGACGACGUAUUGGACGAAGAGUUUGCCGUGAGAAUACUUAUUAGUCCUUAG